UCCAGUCAAUUAUUGGAUCUAAGCACCCUUUAUCCAUCUGUAUGACUGUAUCAGGAUCAUGCUCACUCAUGCCAAAUCUAUCCCCAUUCCUCAUCAGUAUUAAAGCAAAAACCUCUCAACUUACAUUGCACUACUCAAUCUGGCAACGUACCAGAACCAGAGCUUGUAGAAGAAAGAGACAGCUCUAUAUAGUAGUAACAUAGAUAUAUGGAUCAAUUGAAACCAAGCUCUGUAAAUUCAUGUCCACUUACUCCAUUAACAUUUUUGGAAAGAGCUGCUAUUGCUUAUGGGGAAAGUACUUCUAUUGUCUAUAACUCCACUACUUACACUUGGUCCGAAACAUUUGCCCGAUGCCUACGCGUCGCUUCCUCAAUUUCUUCCCUCAUUGGCAUAAAAAAAGGCCAAGUUGUUUCUGUUUUGGCUCCAAAUAUCCCACAAACACUCGAGCUUCAAUUCGCUGUCCCAAUGGCUGGUGCUGUCCUAAACAACAUCAACACUCGCCUCGACGCCAAGACCACCUCUGUUCUGCUCCAACAUAGUGAAUCCAAGCUUCUCUUUGUUGAUUACCAACUAUAUUCUUUGGCACUUGAUUCAAUUUCAUUGUUCCCAUCUAACGUGAACCCUCCAAUUCUAGUCCUUAUAGAAGAUGAAAACUCCGUUUCAUUUUCAAGAAUCUUGAAUUUUCAUGAAUGUACUUAUGAGUCAAUGGUGGUGAAGGGGGAUUCCAACUUCAUUUGGGUUCGGCCUGAAAAUGAUUGGGACCCCAUGACAUUGAACUACACUUCUGGUACAACAUCUUCGCCCAAAGGAGUGGUACAUUCUCAUCGAUCUCUUUUUAUUAUCACUGUUGAUUCUUUAAUCGAUUGGUACGUACCAAGUCAGCCAGUUUAUCUAUGGACACUGCCAAUGUUCCAUUCCAAUGGAUGGAGUUACACAUGGGGUAUGGCUGUAGUUGGUGGGACCAACAUUUGUCUUCGAAAAUUUGACGCUAAUGUUGUGUUUCAUGCCAUAAAUAAACACAAUGUCACACAUAUGUGCGGUGCACCCGUGGUACUUACCAUGUUAGCCAAUUCACCUUGUGCUAAGCCCUUAAAAAAUCCAGUACACUUUCGUACUGGUGGCGCUCCUCCCCCUGCCACGGUAGUUCUCCAAGUUGAAUCGUUGGGAUUCGUCGUGAAUCACGGGUAUGGGAUGACGGAGGUGGCAGGGGUGGUUGUGUCAUGUAUUUGGAAGCCCAAGUGGAACAAAUUAAACGCAAAUAUGAAGGCAAAAUUGAAGUCGAGACAAGGAAUUAGGAGCUUAGGAAUGACAGAAGUGGACGUAGUGGAUCCAGAAUCUGGAGUGAGUGUGAAGAGAGAUGGAUUAACAAUGGGGGAAAUUGUAUUAAGGGGUGGAUGCAUAAUGUUGGGUUAUUUAAAAAAUCAAGAAGCUACCUCAAAAUGCAUGAAAAAUGACUGGCUUUAUACAGGGGAUGUAGCAGUAAUGCACCCUGAUGGGUACUUAGAAAUUAAGGACAGGUCAAAAGAUAUUAUUAUUAGUGGAGGUGAGAAUGUGAGCAGCGUGGAAGUAGAAUCAGUGCUUUAUUCGAACACUUAUGUCAAUGAGGCAGCAGUUGUGGCAAGGCCAGAUGAACUUUGGGGUGAAACGCCUUGUGCUUUUUUGAGUUUGAAAAUGGAGGUAAAACAAAAGCCUAAGGAGAAAGAAAUUGUAGACUUUUGUAGGGAAAGAUUGCCACAUUAUAUGAUACCAAAGACUGUAAUUUUCAUGGAUGAACUUCCAAAAACAGCAACUGGGAAGAUUCAGAAAUUUUCUCUAAGAGAGAUUGCCAAGGGAUUGGGGUCUUUACCUGCCAGUCGAAUGUAAGCACUGAAUCCCACAUAAAAUCUUUUUCAUGUAUAAUUUGAAAGGUCUUUUUUUAAUA